UGUUAAGACGUGCAUGGCCAGUUCUCAGAAAGGUUAACAAAGGAAUAGAACAUUAUUCAUAGAGCUGGUUCAUCCUCAUCUGAAAGAAUGUCUCGUUGUGACAUCAGGAGGCACAGAUACUUUUCUCUUUACAAGUUUCUGAUCUUGGUUGUACUAACUUUUUCGGGGACCUUUCUGAUUAAAUAUACACACAAUCCAUGCAAAUUGGAAAACAUUGAGGAUGGAACAAACAGUGCCAGGAGUCAGAUCUGCAGAGAUGAACUUUAUGAUCUUGUAAGACUGGAACCAGAGGAACACAGUGAGUUAAAUUGUUCCAAGAUUCUUAAGGGAGACCCUGAUGCUAUAAAGAAGGCAUUAGAAAUCAAUGCUGCUAUAAAGAAGGAUAAUUUAUAUUUAACUGAACAAAUGUAUUUAAACCUGACUACAGACUGCAAGCAUUUCAGAGAAUUUCGAAAAUAUAUUACUAUUCCAAUGAGCAAGGAAGAAGAAGAUUUUCCUAUUGCUUAUUCAAUGGUCAUUCAUGAAAAUAUUGAGGCGUUUGAGAGACUCUUGAGAGCAAUUUAUUUUCCUCAGAACAUCUAUUGCAUUCAUGUUGAUGAAAAGUCUUCAGCACAGUUCAAGGAGGCAGUGAAAGCUAUCACCUCAUGCUUUGAUAAUGUAUUUGUGGCAUCUAAACUGGAGCAAGUGAUCUAUGCUUCUUGGUCAAGAGUCCAGGCUGAUCUUAACUGCAUGGAAGACCUAUUAAAAAGUAACAUUCAAUGGAAGUACCUUCUAAAUACAUGUGGCUCAGACUUCCCACUGAAAACGAAUGCUGAAAUUGUGCGUGUUCUUAAAUCACUUAAUGGCAAAAACACAAUGGAAUCUGAAAGGCCAUCACAACUGAAACAAAGACGCUGGAAAUAUCACUAUGAAGUUAGUGAUCACAUUUCGCAAACGAAUACUGAAAAAAUGCCACCACCGAUUGCAAGCCCAAUGUUUACAGGAAAUGCUUACAUUGUAGUGUCCAGAGACUUUGUGAGGUAUAUCUUUGAAGAACCACAGGUUCAAAAGUUUAUCGAUUGGGCCAAAGACACUUACAGUCCAGAUGAACAUAUUUGGGCUUCUUUGAACAGAAUGCCUGGCGUCCCUGGCUCCUCUCCCUACAGUGAAAAGUACGAACAAUCAGACAUGAAUUCAAUGGCUAGAAUGGUUAAGUGGUCAUACCAAGAGGGUGACAUAACUAAAGGGGCUGCUUAUCCUCCUUGUACCGGACUUCACAGAAGGGCAGUAUGUAUCUAUGGUGCUGGAGAUCUCAGCUGGUUAAUUAAACAGCAUCACCUGUUUGCCAACAAAUUUGACCCAAAGGUAGAUGACACUACUAUGCAAUGUAUGGAGGAAUAUAUAAGAUAUAAAACCUUAUACCGGGAUCAUUUAUAAUCACAUAUUUAUUUUUAUGUUUAGUGAUGUUUAGUACUAAUUUUGUC